AUGGUUCAGCAUACAAUUCAGAACACGGACAACCGCACACAAGGUCGCCUGGCCUUGGUGACGGGAGCAAGUGGUGGUAUCGGGUCAUCAGUUGCACACGCCCUCGCGGCAGAAGGGUGCGAUGUUGCGCUGCACUACUCCUCAAGUCAAGGUAAAGCCGAGGCACUGGCCCAGGAACUGCGCGCAAAGUACCCUUCACAACUCUUCGUGCCCUUCCAGGCGGACCUCUCAUCGCGGGAGUCGACACGCAACCUGGUGCCCAGCAUCUUCGCCAGCAAUGAGUUCACGCAGAAGCACAAGGCCAUUUCGAUCCUGGUCGCCAACGCCGGGCUCGGGCGCCGGAUCCGUGAUCCCGCCGACAUUGGCGAGGAUGACUGGGAUGAGAUGAUGGAGGUCAACGCGCGCAGCCAGUUUGUCGUGACGAAGGCGUGUCUGCCAGGGAUGAGGGCGCAGGGCUGGGGGCGCGUUGUGCUGGUUGGAAGCAUUGCGAGCCGUGGAGGUGGUAUCAACGGGUGCCAUUAUGCUGCGACCAAGGGUGCGCUCUGCUCCAUGGGGCUCAACUUGGCAACGCUCUUGGCGCCAGAGGGAGUCACAGUCAACAUUGUUCUCCCCGCGAUGAUCGGCGCAACAGGCAUGAUCGCAACACCCAAAUCAACGCAAGUCCUCCUCCUUCUUCCUUCCCCAGCCCCAAUAACCUGGGACAGCAGAGACGACCUUGAGGCUCUGAGAGCCACCGACCCCGGCCUCGCGAUCGCAGCAAGCGUUCCAGUCCACCGUUUGGGUGCACCCGAAGAAGUAGCCAACGUCGUCACGAUAGACUACGGCGGGAACCCGGGCAUCCCGCCCUGCCGUCGCUGCGUCCGCGAGCAGAAGGAGUGCGUCUUGGCAACCUCCCGCCGCGGCGGCCGGCGUCCCCGCAAAUGCGUCCGCCUGCCGGACUCGGACUCCACCGGCGCGGCCCCGUUUCCCCCGGGCACCACAUCCACCUUCGACUCCGUCCCCGCCGAGGGCGCCGCCUCAAGCGAGCAACCACCAAGCACCGACCAAAAGCCCUCAGAGACAACCCGUCCAUGGUCAUGCUCCCCGGAAGCAGAAACACCGGGCCGCGCCGCAAGCUGGCCCGGGUCCGGGUCCCAGCCAAACAGCCCCGGCGGGCGGUCCCUCCAGAGCGCGGGGGAUAUAGAGGGGCACAUCACGUCGAGCGACCUCCUGAACCCGUCUGACGCGUUGAACCUGUUGGCGCAGGUAGCCGAUCUGGACGGCGACGGCGGGACGGAGAGGAACCGCAAGCCGAGCGGAAGCACCACGCACGAAGACGGGACCCCCCGCGACCACCCCUCCUCGAAGAUGCUCGCGACGUAUCAUUACCCUCCCAUCUCGGACGGUGUUCUCUCUCUGUCCGUUGCCUCCCGCCUGCUCGCAACGUACUACGAACACUACCACCCCUUCUUCCCCGUAGCCCACAACUGCAUCCUCUCGCCCCCCUCGAUCCCCUUCCUCACCGACUCGGAGCCGCACCUCGUCACGGCCAUCUUCACCGUCGUCUCCAAGGACGAGCCCUCCCUCUCGGCCGUCCACGAGGCCUGCUCGCGGCACAUGGAGACCCUCAUCUCCAAGCUCAUCUACAAGGGCUCAACGACCGUCGGCGCCGUUGAGGCCCUCCUCAUCCUGGCCCAGUGGGCGCCCCAGCGCCUGCAGGAGAAACCCACCGUCGGCCGCGGCGAGGAGGACGAGGGCGCCUGGAUGCAGAUCGGCGUCGCCAUCCGCCUCGGCUACCUCCAGAGCCUCGAGCAGACGGGACUCCUCGUCGACAAGCAGAGCGCCCUGUCGGAGCAGUUCCGCAGGAAACGGCUUGUAUGGGCUGCCUGCUACAUGAGCGACCGCGAGGUGUCCAUCCGCGUCGGCAAGGGCUUCUGGUCCCGCGGCCCGGGCCCGUCGACGAUCCCCCGCUCCGCCGAUUUUCCGUCGCUGCGCGUCCAGCAGGCCGGGCCGGAUAACCUCGGCCAGCUCUUCCAGGCCCAGCUCGAGCUCAUCCAGCUCUUCAGCAACGCCCACGACAUCCUGUACUCGUCCGCGGGCCACCGGGCGCAGCUAUACCUCGGCGGCGAAUAUGUCCGCUAUAUCGACGACUCCUUCGCGGUCCUCAGAAAGUGGAAACUCGUCUGGGGAAGUCUAAGCUGUAAUCCCAUCAAUCUCAAAUCUCAACCUCAUAAACUUCACACUAACAAGAACUUCCCAGUCACACCCCUGAUCAAAGCCGCCCUCAACCUCUCAUACGAGUUCCUCCGCCUCUACAUCAACGCCUUCGCCUUCCAGGCGACAAUCAACCGCGCCAUCACCCGCGCCCGCCAGCAACAGCAACAGCUGCAGCAGCAGUCCCAGACAACAGCAUCAGCAUCAUCAUCAUCAUCACAGCCUCAGCAGCAACCACAACAACAACCACAACAGCAACAAGCACAGCCCACCAGCGCAACGACCGCACGCACGACAACGGCGAUAAACACCCCCCUCUUCGGCGACCUCGCAAGCACCCCCGACGCCCGUUUCAUCUACGAGUCCAUGGACGCCGCAAACUCCCUCCUCAACAUCCUCAACACCUCCGUCGACCCCGUCACGGGGCUGAGAUACAUGCCGCUGAAGUACUACCUCUACGUCAUCUACGCGGCCGUCUUCCUCUUCAAGGCCCGCCUCGCAGGCGCCCUCGGCGCAGAAGCAUCCGACUCCGUCCGCCGCUCCAUCUCCGUGACAAUAACCUGCCUCCAGCGCUCCUCCAUCUCCCCCCACUCCCUCGGCCACCGCUACGCCUCCCUCCUCUCCCUCCUCUGGCGCUCCAAAUCAGCCUCCUCCUCCACGUCUCCCAAAGCAACCACAUCCACCGCCGCCGCCGCCGGCAACCACCCAUCCCAGACAACACCAACCGCCUCCUCCUCCUCGCGUCCAGGCCACCACCCGUCCUCCCACACCGCGCCCUCCCACCACCACACAGCAACAUCCAUCCUCCCCUCCACAGAACUCUCCAACCCCUCCCCGUCCUACCACGACCCGCACCCGUCCAUGCUGCUAGGCCACGACCACGCCUCCGGGAUGCACCACGCUGGCGCCAGCGGCAUGGGCAUGACCUCGCUGCCCCUAAGCCAGACAGAACUCCUCUGCCGCGGCUUCUCGUGGCGCGACCUCGACGACCUCGGCCAGUUCAUCGGGCCCCCCGCCGACAUGGCCUUCGCCGACCCCACGGGGUUACACGUCGUCGGCAACAUCAGUCUCGACGAGGGGGCGGCGUACGAUGUCCUCUGGCCCGGGAACGACGUUGUUUUCUAG